UACUCCGCUAAGUUCGCUUUAGGCUAGGAGAUAUGUAAAAGAAAAACCCUACUGUAAAUUUUCAAGUUUGAUUCGUUCCUUGCGCAGGUUUUAAUGACACCCUGUUUUUAUUGAUUUUUCUCGGCGAGCCAGACGCUAGGUAUGGCCGAUUUGUCUCGUUUAAUGAAACAUUUUACCUCGAAUAUCGUGUAUUUGAUGAAGAAUAUGAAUUUUAUUCACAAUGCAUUUGUAAAUUAUGUUAAUUGACGAAUUAUAAUAAUUAAUAAUUGCUUUGCCUUUGCUAAAAUCGUAUCGCGCGCGAUACAUGGCAACACUGUGUGUAAUAAUUCAGCAGACUCGAAAGCGGCGCAGAGUCUUCUCGUCCGAUACCGUAUGUUCGUAUUGAUUCGUGGAAAGGGAGUGUUGUCUCUAGCCUUUUGUACUUUAGAGUAGUUAGUUCUUUUGAUUUUUGGUUUUUUCGUUUACAUUUACGUGUUUUUUGUUUUUUAUUUUUUAUUUAAUAAUACAAAAGUUAUUAUUUGCGCUAUUUAUGUAAUACCUACUAAUCGAAACGACGUAAUUCGGAAUCUUUGUGAAUCGUUUUGUAAUUUUGAUUUCGCCGAACUGCUUCUCCAGUUACAAACCGCGGUUUACUCUAUGUUUUGAUCGGUUAUUUCGUGUGUUUCGCGGACGACGACGGCGGCAUUUAUUCGUUGGAUAUCGGUUACCGGAGCGAGUCGCCGCUUGAAAACCGGAGUUUAGUUGUAUGUAUUGAUUGAUAGUUUCGUAUCGAACGACCGGGUGCGCAAUAAGAUAUAUUAUAAAAAUGAUGCAAAAUGGUAUGGAUAUUUUACACCAUCAAAACGGUUCGAUUCAGCAAGCAUCAAAUCAAGUCCACGGUCAUACGUCGAUUAACGAAAGUAAGACAAAUUUGAUCGUAAAUUAUUUACCUCAAACGAUGACCCAAGAAGAAGUUCGAUCGUUGUUUGCGUCGAUAGGCGAAGUCGAAAGUUGUAAAUUGAUUAGAGACAAAGUUACAGGACAAAGUUUAGGAUAUAGUUUCGUUAAUUUUCAUCGCGUCGAAGAUGCGGAAAAAGCUAUCAAUACGUUGAACGGAUUACGUCUUCAGAAUAAGACCAUCAAAGUAUCGUACGCACGACCUAGCAGCGAAUCAAUUAAAGGAGCCAACCUGUACGUCAGCGGCUUACCAAAGAACAUGACGCAGAUGGAGCUGGAAUCGUUGUUCGCACCGUAUGGCAGAAUCAUCACGUCGCGUAUAUUAUGCGAUACAUUUCAGCCGUUCGUUGACCCGACCAGCGGUGUAACCGAUCCGAGUAACCUAUCCAAAGGGGUAGGCUUUAUACGUUUCGAUCAGCGUAUGGAAGCCGAACGAGCCAUCCAAGCGUUGAAUGGUACCAUUCCUAAAGGCUUCAACGAACCUAUUACCGUAAAAUUCGCCAACAACCCGGGAAACAAUAGCAAAGCAAUUCCUACGUUAGCCGCGUAUUUAGCUCCGCAGAUAGCCGGUCGUUUUGCCGGACCUAUACAUCCGACCGGACGCUUCCGAUACAUUCCAUUAUCAUCGUUGGCCGCUACUACCACAGCCGGUAAAACAAUGCUCGCUAUUAACAAAGGUCUACAAAGAUAUUCUCCAUUGGCCAACGAAAUUGUCCAAGAACCUGUCUUACCUGGUAACACCAUCGCCGGCACCGGUUGGUGCAUUUUCGUCUACAACCUAGCGCCUGAAACCGAAGAGAAUACCCUGUGGCAGCUGUUCGGGCCGUUCGGAGCUGUGCAAAGUGUUAAAGUUAUCAAAGAUUUACAAACCAACAAAUGUAAAGGAUUCGGUUUCGUUACGAUGACCAAUUACGACGAAGCAGUUAUUGCGAUUCAAUCGCUGAACGGAUAUACGUUGGGUAAUCGUAUACUUCAAGUUUCUUUUAAAACAAAUAAAAAUAAGGUGUAAUGUUAUCCCCCCAUUUUUACAUUACCUUCUCCAGUAUAGCUAAUCUAGUCACGAUUACGUUAGCAGUGUCCAGUUUAUCAUGAACUGUGUCACCAUUAUAUUUAAAAAGUACGAUUUCAGAUAUAUUGUGUAACUAAUAGACUGAAAAACACUCAAUAUUGACGUAAUUUUUAUCUCUAAUAAUUAUUUUGAAUAUGUCAUUCUACUUAUUCUAUUCGGAAGAAACCAGUUUUCUUUUCAUUUCUUCAUUUUUCUUUUUUUAAGUUUCCUUUGUUUUUUAUUUUCCCCUUAUUUUGUUUUUGUUUUUUUAAUUUUUCAUUCGAGUUAUCAUUUUUCUUUUUUAGUUGCAAUAGAUUUUCAUUUAUUUAUUUUUCGUUCUCUUUCGUAGUUUUUUAUUUAUUCGUUCCUAUUUAGUUAAUUUAUUUUUUGUUUCAUUCAUUUGACAUGACAGAACGACGUAUUCAAAAUUAUUAAUAAGUUAUUGUUUUUUUUUUAUUUUACGAAGUGAACUGGUCUUUUGAUUUACCUUAACUAGUCAUUUGAAAGUCAUUAAAUAUAUAAGGGAUUGAAAUGUACGAUUCAAACAUAUCUGCAUGGUAAAAAAAGUUACUUAUUAGGCUACCCUUUAUAAUCGAAUACUUAAAACUAGUCAAAAAAUUGUUUUUUUUUUUUCAAUCGUUUAAUUUAUUCAAAAUUUAUUUUUCCAAACUAGUCAUCGAGGUAAAAUUUAUAUCGUUAAAACGUUAAUUUGUAAGCAUGUUAGAAUCUCGUGUAAUUCCACGCAAUCCCAUAUAUUUCUUGAGUUUAAAAUAAUACUAAAUUUCGAAUGCAUGAUUUACAAUCGUCCAUUAAUGUUUGAAUCGUGUUCGAAAAAAUUCAGUAAAAAAUUUCAGCCUUCGGUGAAAUUUCGUGACAGAAUGAAGUAAAUUUACAUCGGUAUCGUACUUCAGAAUGUAAAAUACACGAUUUUUCGCUGCGAGGUUUUAGGUGAAGCUUUUUCCUCGUUGAUUCGAGAGAAAAUGCCGGAAAAUACAGACGCUCGAGAAGCAGCUUAGCCUAUGUUUGUUUUAACAGGGUGCAAGUGCAGCAUCGCUUCGAUUCAACGUAGGCUAAAAAUCAUUUUUUAAGGUGGUGGUGUAUGCUGCGCGUUGUGCAUUCACAUUGCGUGAGUUAUGCGCCGCUUUUUCCUUAUCCGUGUUCGUAUCUAAAAGUUCGAUGUUGGCAUCGCAAAUUUGUGCCCGCUGCAAAAGUUUUGAACUACACAGAAGUAAUCUUUUUUUUGUCGAGUCGAAUUUUGAUUUUUUUUCUCCUCUGCAUGAGUAUUGAUAUUUAUUACGAGUAAAUUACUCGUAGGUACACAAAGUGAAAUUUAUUUCUGAUCUGACUCUCGUAAUGAGAAAGCUAGUUAGGUUGCAAUUUUGACGAUAAUGGUCAACAUUCGUUUGAUAUUUUACUACCUGCCUACGUAAUUAAAAGCCGGUGUAAUGUUGCCUCUUUAUUUAUGAAUCUGCCAUCCUCCUUCCCCUUCUCGUCAACCCUAUAGUAUCGAUCUGCAAUGUACCUGUAGUCUUGUAUAGGUUCCUCGUUUCAUUAACUAACUUUUUUUUCACAAGUGUAAUUUCAAAUUCCGCUUCAGCUCCGAGUGAUUAGUUUGGAGUUGAGUUAUUUGAAUUUCAAUAAAAUUCGAGUGCUUUGACGAGCAUUUUUGAUGAGUGUACAUGGUGUUUUCAUAAGCCCUGUGAAAAAGCCCACGCGUUCGUAAACACAAAUUUUCGAUUUGCAUUUUUUAAUUUUAAUAGAAAAAAUAGUUGUGAAAAAUUAGCCAUCGUGGGAACAAUGUUUGCAUUACUUAUCAAAAUUACGAAACAGUAAAGGAUAGGUAAAUUUGUGUUUUUUAGACUAUUUAUUUUGGAAGGAGGUCCCAAAAAUAUCGAAAUUUAUCAAAUAUACCAACUAAUUGCUGAAAUUUUUGUGGCUCAGAGUCGAAUGAAGUGAAAAAAUUGGGUUUAUAAUAGAUAACUUGUUUUUUUUUUUUUUGUAAUUUACAUUUAUAUGUUAACCUGCGUUCAAAAUCAAUAGAUCUGAUAAAUUUUGAUAAAGCUCUAUAUUUGGCCCGGAAGUCUUGUACCUUUUGGUAAAAAUUCAUGUUUUCUCUGUGUCAUUUUUCGAAAUGAAAGAAAUUCGGAAUUUGGUGCUAAGAAAGCCACGAAAAUUUCAGUUCAGCGAACCACUUUCGAUUUAAGGAAGAGUUUUAGUCUCCAGUGGAGAAAUAGAUUAGGUAGGGGCAAAAUUCCGAAAGAAGAACUUUUGAAUGUUAAAAAGGUUGUUUGAAGAAGUGGAAGAAGGGAAAUGAAAUUUGUGAAACAUUGAUAAAUUUUGAAAGUGUAUUUUUUGAAGGGAAGGAACAUCAUUCUCUGUCCCGGUUCUGGAGGAAUUUUGUAAGGGUUCAACUUAGAAAUUGUAUAAGUCUUGCAUUUUGAUGUUGGAAUUUUGUUAGACACCCGCAACCGUGCAGAACCAAUUUUGGAAAUUCAGCUUAAAAGUGUGUUGAUAAUUGAAAUAUCUUGGAUUUUUGUCAUUUGUGGUUAAGAGGCUCACUCAAAGUGGUAAAUAUUGGUACAGACUCGUGUGCGUUGAAUUCGAUUUGAGCAUUUCUAAUCCAGUGUACGAAUAUGAAUAGAUCUCUUCAGAGUAAUAAUAGUUGUUUGUGCAUUCCUACCAAGUACCAAUUGAAAUUUUUCAACCUUUGAGUCACAAAAAUCCAAGUACAUAGUUAGGUAUAAUUGAAUUUUGAUAUCGGUAAAUUUGAAAAUUUCAAACCCAUAAUAUCCCCAUAAUGUUUGAAUGAAAGUUUGGUUUUCUGAUUGAUCGCUUGAAGAACAAUCAUUUAAUGUUUUUGGAACAAGUCUACGAAUGAAUGCUCAUUUAUUUUUGUUUGAAAAUUUUCCAAUGGAAAGAAAUUUAAAAAAUCCAAGAUUAUUUGCAUGAAAACUUGACGAUUUCGAUCAAAUCCGAUAAACUCUUAAUGACCCUGCAUAUCAGUGUAGUUCCCUUUAUAAAAUAUUGCACAAGACUCCAUAAAUCACCUAAUUUUCAAUUUUACUAUAUUACCAGAUCAAAUCGGGUUUAUUCAUAAAAAUACCCAUACAAUGUUGAAAAUUAAUGACGGAAAAUGUCGACCGUAAAAUUUUGUCAACUUUUAAAAUAACAUUUAAUGCUCGUAAAAGCACGCGAUCAACCCAUUAAAAGGUUGUGAAAAUGGUCUAGUAAAAUUCUCUCGAAUAUAUGCAUUCUUUUUCUUAUCAAAUGACUUCUUUUAUUCAUUGAAGGGGAGACAAGGAGGAAAAAGGUGUGCAAUUUUUAUCAUUAAUUAGGCAAUGAAUCGUGAUAACGAUUUUCACCGAACGUAGGUAUGUUUUAAUAAGGUGACGUCCAGUUUCAUAAAUGCUUAUGCUUCCUGCUUCCAUUUUGUAUGAAAAAAUAUGGGAUUGCAUUAGUGGAUUAUUAUAGAGAUUUUCGAUUGUUUUCGACGCGUUAUGUAUUUUGUAUUAAGAAUGUUGAGAAAGUAUAUAGUUAUUUAAUUAUACGCACGACUGACUUAUAUCAAAAUGAGCCGUCAUCUAGUUAAAGAUACGCGGUUCGUUGUUUAAUUUUUCCAAAAAAAAAAAAAAAAUGAUAUCUUUAGAUUUUUGGCUGAAGGGGACGGAUUUAUACAUAGUAGGAAAAAAUGGCCGUUAUGUAGUUCGAAAAUUGUACCCGAUCAAAUUCAAUAUAGAAAAUUUUUCGUAAAAAAAGUAACGAGAGAGAUAAAGAGACAGACAGAAAAUGACAUUACGCAGCAAAAUUUUGAGUAAUUUUGCUGUCAUACAUUUAAAUGUGUAUCGUGUACAAUCAUUAUCGUUGUGUAAUCGACUAUAUAUUUUUGUAUGUUUUUAAAGAAAAUUUGAAUUUAUUUAAUUUUUUUCCUCUUUAUAAUUUUUUGCCAAAUAUACAUUUAACACAUUCCGCUGUUGGAAGCCAAAGAAUUGUUAUAAAAUUUGUUGCAUGCGUGUGUGAUUGUAAUGUAUGUUGUGUAUGAUCUACGUGUGCGUGUAUGUGUGUUUUUUUUUUAUUUAUAAGGAAUUAUAUUAUCAAAUUAAAUAAUUAUUGUACGAUGAAAACUAAAAAAAAAAAAAAAAAAAACAACAAUCGUAUAGGAGUUAGUCAAGUUGAUCUUCGAAGGGGAGGGGGAAUAGAAGACGCGUGCGUUUUGGUGUACCAUUUUAUCAUAAAUGUGAUGCUGUUUUCCAACACAUUUUGUAGAAAUUAUUAUUUUUUUUUUAAAUCCACAAGUUGACUGAUUUUUAAUACAUGUAAUUUUUUCCCUUUUCGUAAAGAAAUUGAAUUCUUUUUUUUUUGUUUUUGUUUUUAAGUAAAGAAACGUAAUGCGCUUCAAUACGCGUGGAUUUCCUUACUUUGAGGAUUCCAUCGCGUAAGACCAUAAUGUUUUUGAGUGAAAGUAAAGCAAGUUUUUCAGAAGGUACAUUUAAAUUGAGAGAAAAAAAAACGUAUCAUAGGAUAUUCGUACUUCAUGCAUUUAUACGUGUUUUAAUUAAUUACUUGGAAGAUUUGUAACAAAUAUUAACUUUUUUUUUGUAAUCGUGUAUUUUUGAUAAUUAUUUAUAUUUCAUAUAAUAGGUUUAACCAAGUAUGGUAUACUUGUAUGAAAUCUUUCUAAUUUAAAUACGUGCAAGUGUAUAAGUUUAUAAUUUCCACAACCAGACUAUAAGUCAACGGUGCGGUGAUUCUUUCGAAUAUUUUGGUUCUAUGAAGUUUUGCCAAAUUACACGAAUUUAAAAAUCGAUGACUGAAAAUCUUACGAACGUGAAUUGAUGAAGUGAAAAAUUUUCAUUUGCAUGGGUCCUUUUCAUCCUCCUUCCUUCUAUGCAUACUUUCAUCUUGUCAGUCUUUGAUCGUUCCACUUCGGCCGUUAUUUUUUCAAAAGGAAGUACGUCGAAUUAUAAAAGAAAUUAAUUGGUUGUGAACAAUAUUUAAAGGGUAAAAUUAACAAAUUUUUGAAAAAAUUUAUUGAAUCGAAAAACAUUUUUAUUGAGUGGAUGUCCAAGUCGAAUUUAUGAACUUGAACGGUAUUUGCGUAAAAUAAGAAUUCAUGAAGAAUCAAUCCUUCUCCUCCGAUUCAUAGUUUUUAUCAUCCAUUAAUUCCUGGCGAAUUUCUAAUAAUUGAUGAAUCGGUACUAUAGUCAUUAACUUACUCUGUUCCUAGAAUUUAAAUUAAAUUAUAUUACUCAACAAUGCCUUGUCUUUUGAAUAAUGGUUUCGGAAGAGGACUAACUAAAAUGCUUCCAUAUCGCUCGAAGGAACAGGCGUAGGUGUCUCAGAUGGAAAGCUUUGCACAAAUUAAUUUUUAAUCAGUUUCUCUCCCUCUUUCCAUUCAAAACAUUGAUAAAUUGGGUUGAUCGAUCUUUUUUUUCAUUUGCUAACUUUUUUCUCUCCAAAAAAUCUCAAAUGACGAACCUCAAAGCAUUUUUUAAAAUCAAUGUUUCCUUUUAAAAAUCGAAAAAGAAGCGAAUAAAAAGUUGAAAUAAUUUUCGAAAGUCGGACACCAGAAUUAUUUAUGAUUAAUUAUUUCAGGGCAAUAA